ACUCACGCCAGUUCGUGUUCGAACCGCGCUUAUUGAGGUCGUCCGCUGUGAGCUCGGUUACGAAGUUUAGUAACGCGAAAGGAUUUUCCUUUGUCCCGAUCCUCGAGGACCCUGCCCUCGUAUUAUGUUUCUACGCGAGAGCCGCGACCAGCCCCGGCCUACUGAGGAGCCGGAAAGCGCGCAGCGUGCUGAAUCGCGACGAAAUUUUGUCAGUUUUCCAAAAUUCUGUGACGGUUAUCCCGCGAAACGCGUUCGCCGGGCGAUUUGAAAUUUUGAGUGAAGGUGUGAGUAGAAUUAUAUUUCGGCCAUCGGACAGUGUAGUGAGGCCGUGAGUGUCCAACAAAUCAAAAAGUAGAGUGAGGACUGAGCACCAUGUCCACAGGCAAGCGACUCGCCAAGCGGUCCAUCAUCGGGACGCGCGUCGCGGCUUUGGGUGAUGACGGACUGUACUAUUCAGGGAUGAUUCACGCAGUGAAGACACCGGCGCCCUUCCCAGAGAACAACAAUUGCAUCAACUUGACUCCGAACACUCGUUACACAGUACGUUUCGACAGUGUUAUGAUGAAGAACCGCGAGUACCGGGACGCUGAGCUCAUCGGACCCGGCUUCCGCGGCAUGACGGGGGUGCGUCUCAAAGAAGGGCAGCGCGUCUUCCUCACCUACAACGGCCGCGAGGUGCACGCUGACGUCAAGCACCACGACUACAACACUGACGAACUGCUCGUCCAGAUCUACUCUCCUACUUCUGAGGUGCGGAUUGAGUUGAAGAAAAAACUGGAUGACGUAAGGCUGUUGGAGUCACGAAAGUCAGCCAGGUUGGCAGAUGUGGACACAGACUUUGCUAGAUUAGCAGACAUGGCCGGAGAUCGUCGUCGUUCCUCUGCUACUAUUGAAGUACCACCAAGCCCCGUGCAAAGUUCACGUAAGCGCGGGCCAAGCAGCUCCUGUGACCAAGGUUACGGCGAGCGUGACGAACAGAUGAACGAGUGCAAUGCUGCCCUCGUGCUGAUGUCAUUGAGCUGCUCCCCGAACUCACCGCGCCCCAGUGCAGGUUGGGGUGAUAGAUCAUCAGUAUCUCCAGGAGCCAGUAGCAGCUCAGACUCAUCAUGGCGCUCGGGCACACCGUCGCCUCCACCAGCCUCUUCCUCCUUCAGCGACGAAGGAAUCGCAAUGGACUAUGAAGAGAUCCACCCACGCAAGAAAAGGAUUAACAGCGUUGUGUUUGUAUGCACUUGGCGAGGAUGCACAUACAGCACAAAUACUUGCUCAGCUAUUGAAGCACAUAUUAGAAACACACAUUUGGGGCCAAAGAAAGAAGGUGAUAGUGACCAUGAAGAAGAGUUCUACUACACAGAGAGGGAGGUGGCCGCCCCUGCACCGCCACCCACACUCUCCCACCGAGACAUGUGUCGCCCACCGCAUGAGGAUCCUGAAUAUCAACGUCAGCUAGUAGGCUCUUUCAGACAAGGAUUACUGUCUACUCUGCAGAAUGGAACUGCACGGUCAGUAAACAUUCCUGUAACUCAUCACUGGGUCAAUACGCAUUCGCCGAAACAUAUGCGGCUAUCUGCAGCGAAUGGAUCACCAAGUAGUCCAGGCCGACGACCACGUUCAGACAACAAAAAAUGUCGUAAAGUAUAUGGAAUGGAUCAACGUGAUCUCUGGUGCACUCAGUGCAAAUGGAAGAAGGCAUGCACGCGUUUUGGUGAUUAGCGGUCGCGACGCUCGCACGCAUAUGCGCGGGCAGGGCAAACAAAAUGAAUACAGAGUUGUAUUAUUGAUACAUCUAUUUACCCAGCAUAAAAUAAAAUAUGACAAGACAUUCGCGGUAAGCGAGAACUGUUCCGCGAUUAACUCGUGAUUUAAGUAUAAGAAAAUUUAUAUUAUGAAUCAAAGUUUUUAUUUAUUAUAAGCAGAGACAGAUAAAUUUACAUAUAUUGGAUAAAAAUUAAUGGAGACAUAUUUUUGCUCUUUAUAUGUGGCUCGUGUUUUGACUGCUGCAUAAUGGACAUUGCCCACGUAUUUUUGUAGCGCAGUAGAUUCGCCUUAAUUGUGACGUAAAUGUGGAAUGCAAAAUCGUGUGACGCUCUUGAGCGGAGACUGUGAAUAUUAGAAUAUAAGUAGCUGUAAGUUUAGACUGAGAUGAAUAACGUGUGAAACCAUUUUCCUCGACGAACGUUGACAAUGACGAGUAAUUUUAAUUACUGGUUAUAUUACGAUGGCUUACUACUAGACAAACCGGUGUUGAUAAUAUUAAGAUUGAAUUUUAUCAUUUAACCGUGAAAGAUUGGCCAAUUCCGUCCACAUCUUCGAAUGUGCAUCAACGAUUAUAUCGACCACACGUCGUUCGGGAUAAUGUUUUCACACCAUUUCUACUAUCUACAGAGUAUACCAUUGUAUGCUCUGUCGUUCGACAACAUGUUGUCGAAAAUACUUCAGUGAUAUAAUAAAUCACUAAAUAUGAAAUGUAUAUUGACUGACUUAUUAGAUGAUAAUAAAAUAUAAUAUAUGAAAUUAGCCUAGUAAGUUAUCUCAGAUUCGACGAAAAGACUACUAACAUGUUUAGACUUAAAAUUUUUAUGAACAUAUCUGUGUUGUAUACAAUGAUGGUCCUACUAGAACAAGGAGACAAUACUCAAAAGAUGCCAAGUGCAUCAGCGGCGCGGGAGCUUUCCAUUGUGGUAUUACCGACGACUCCUUUGCGAUGCCGUAUAAAUAUUACAGAACGAGUACAAGCAAGGCUAUGACGUCCAGAGAAAGGAAAGAUAUUGAAGGGAACAUCACACUGUACAAUGUGAAGAUGACUGCACAUUAUGAUUCAUUAGAACGCGACGUUCACACGCCGACAUCGCGACCUAAUGUAAACGUCGUAAAAACACUUGAAGACGAGAAUUGGACACAAAAGUGUCUUCUUAUACCUUUAAGCAGACUGAAUGAUGACAGUCUACAAAGUAUAAACAACAUCUACCUACACGUACAGAUUUGGAGUGGAAUAUGUAAUGAGGCCGCAGAAAUGCGAAGGAUUGAAAGAAAGGGAUGGCGAUUGCGAGAACUGCAAUAUUACUUUUAAGUAUUACUGAAUUAACAUGUAAAUAAUAAUUAUACUAUAGUGAAUUAUAUAAAGAUAUUAUUCUGUAUCUACCUAUUUAAAAAUUGAAAGCAAUCUUUGGAUGUGUACAUAGAUAAAGUAUAAAGUAUAUUAUUAUUGUUACUUAAUGUGAUUGUUUAAAUCGAACUUUUGUACGGCUUCGUAAUAACGAGUUUAUAACUUGUAGAUAUAAGGCACAGUAAUUGACUUACAAGAACCGCGAUUAGUUUUGUUUCGUCACCUACAUCACGGCAUAGUAAUAAUUAUUAUUUUUGUUUGACAGUUACCAAGGUUCGUUGUUGUUGGUUGAUAGUUAUGGUUAAGUUAAAGAAUCACAAAAUGCUUUUAUUACUAAAAUAACAGUACUAAGUUUACAAAUACUCCGUGUUCUACCAUAGGUACCUACGUAUGUAAAGUUAAAAUGUGCCAAUCGUAAAUGAUACAAUCACUGUGAAAUCAAUAUUAGACUAUUUUACACGUAAUGUGUUCAUGUGUAAAUUAAUAUGCACUCGGAGCUAUUUAGUAAUAUCGGUGCUGAUACAAAUAACGCACAUUACAGAUACCUAUGUACCGUGUUUCAAGACUAUUCGGUUUUAUACAAGUUAUUAAAAUACGAAUAUCUACUGAUAUUGAAAGUAAUAUCCGUAUACGUAAAAAUAUCAUGUUUUUAAUCUCAUCCAAUACAAUGUAUAUCAAAUUAUUUUAGAUCUGAUCAUCCCAAAUAGAAUAUUUUUCUUAGCUCACAAAGUGUGAAUGUUUUUCUUGUUACUUAGAAAAAAAAACAUCGCAAAACUUCGUAGGUAUGUAAAGAAUGCUUACCCAUAUCAGAAAACGUGAAAAUAAUAUUUGCCUACUAAUUUUUAAAUGAACUUAAAAUUUGAAGAAACAUAUUCAGCGCAUCUUGCCAAAUUUCAUCAUAAUUGUUUUACAGGUGCUUUAUUAUUUUCAAUAUUACUUGUAUAUUUGGAUAUUGUGCUAUCAUAAUAAUUAUGUUACGUGAUGUACCUGUAAGUCUUACCAAAUAUAAAAUUUCAUUGCAAUAUUGGUUGUGAAAAUGAUAAUGAAGUUGUCAUUCAUAAUUAGCAAAACACAAACGCUCGACGCAAUGAAACUCCGCGCUUUCCAGACCAAAAGAUCACCUGUAGUCGUAAGCAACAACUCAGCUAGCGAUUUGACAACUGCCAUAUUGUAAGAAUCUAGAAUUAAACUGCAGCUUAGAUUUAAACAUAGCUCUUAGUUGUAUUUUAAGUUGAAGUCAUAAUAAUAGUAUUUAAUAAUGUUUAGGUACAAUACACGUAUUACGUAUAUUUAGUUAAUAUUUGUUAUUUCACACAAGUGAAUGUUUGUAAAUAAUUUCAGCUAUUAUUACAAUCAUUGAUCAAUGACAUCUACAUGUUACACAUUUAUAAUUUUCAGAUUUGUCUCAUUCAAGGCCCGUGCAUAACUUUGCUUGCGUCAUUUGGAGGCCCAUACAUAUUCACAUUAAAAGGACAUAUAGACUUACCGCGAGUUAAAUUAAAACACUUUGUAAUAUUCUCAUACAUUACAAUUAUAAAUAUUCGUUGGAGUCCACAGAACGCCACAUGGCAUGCUAGUUUCAUAUUUAUGCAUAAAUACGAUGCCGAUCUCAAUUUACUUUCGAAGCUACUAGAGUUAUGUUUAGGAACACGAUAUUUCAUAGAUCAUUUCUUAUUUUAUACAAAUUAUAGAAGAUUUUUUAUAGAUUUUAAUUAUUUUUAAAUAAAGACACUUUAUUUAUUAAUGACUAAGUGGUUUGUAAAUAUUUUUACGUAAUUUACUAAUUUAUUUAGCCAAAAUUUUUGCUCAAUUUUAUAUGCACUCAACACCAAAGUCAUAAUACUAACAAGAAACUACAUAUCAGUACAAAAAGCAUAAUUGAAACAAUAAUUAGGAUAUUUUGUUCGUACAUUCAGACGUUCACAUGUCAAGGGCUAUUCUUGUUAGUCACGUAUAAGUAUCUAUUGCACAGAUUUUUUUGAUUUGACAGAAUUUUUGUAUGUACCAUCUGCGUCGAAAAUGUUAAAAAUAAGAAGUAGUCCACAGUCCAAUAUAAGCAAGUGAUCAGCUCCAUAAUUUGGUCAGUCAAUAUUUUAGUUAAUGACACGGAAUUUUUUUCUUUUAUAACUUAUUGAACACAGUACAUUUUUGUAAAUAUGUAAUAAAUUCACAAGUUAAUAAUGUUUAUUUAUAAUAUUGAUAAGUACCUGGUAAAAUGCGAGAACACAACGUAAUUGAUAGAACUAUCGGUACUUAUAAUCCUAAGAAUCUGACGAUGUAUUAAUUAUAAUUAAUGACAUUGUAAUAACCAUGUUGUACCUUCUAGUUGAGUAGCAUAUUUACUUAAAAUUAUUGUAUAACCUUUAUUCUAAAUAGUGUCUUCGUGAAUUUAGAUUACUUCACAUUUUCAUAUGUUUAGUGCCCUUGUUGUAAAAUAAUUCAGUUAAAGUUAUGGUACCUACCUACAUAGCUAGCAUGUGUAUUGUUAUCUACACUAUUUACAUUAAUAGUAUGUUUAUCAUAGUUUUAUGUCACUAUUACUUCACUAUAUUAAUAUACAUACAUAACGCGUCAAAAACUUACCUUUUAACAUAAUAUGUGCACAAACAUGCGCCACACACAAGAACGGAGAGUAAAACUAGCGGAAAAAUUUAAACACUGGCACCCAACUUCAUGAUGGCAGUCUUUGACGCGUAGUGUACAAUGUGUUAUAUUAUUGUAAAUUGUUUAAUCUUAAUUGUAUAUCAUUUUAACUAUUUUAAAACCCUACAUAUUUGAUUGAAUGUUUAUCCUUUAUGUAUUUUGCAAUUCCAAUGAAGUUUAUAUUAUUUUAUGUGGGCAAUUAUAGUUUAUAAAAAUAUGUCUCCUGGUUUAGUAGGUACCGAAUUAAGUACUUUAUUCAUAUAGAUAUUUUUGACGUGUCCGAUCGUAGCUACUACACUCAGCUUUUUAUUUAUCUAACAACUAGUCGACAACGACAAUAUGACUCUAACAUACAUCUAGAAAUGACCAUUAUGUAAAAAAUGUACUACGUUUGUGCGUAGGAUGUUUUAUAUACUCCGUUACUUCAUUAGUUGUUGUGUAUAAUAGCAAUAAUUUGGAAGAAAGAAAAUGUCUUAAAAGUAUUUUAUAUCAGUGCAAACUGAAGAGCGUCUUGGAGUCUAAAUAUUAUUAUUAUUAGCGUAAGCUUAUUUUACGGGCAUCACUGACUAGGUACUAAAUGUUAAGUAUCACGGCUAAUUGCUAUGAAUUUAUCUCGAAACGUAUCGUCGAUGGGUACCUACCUACGAAUACUGCAUGUUGAGUACCUACUUUCGCCAUUUCUACAUGUUGUCUAAAUUCUGAUGAUAAAUCUUUCAUUUCCUCCUCAAGGCAAUGGUAUCAUGUUAUAAUAACCACUCGUGUACAUUGAAUACGCUAUAGGUACCGUCUCAAAUAAACGUUUGUCGCUAAGGCCCUACUCAAAGUAUGGAAACCUUAAACUUUUUCGCGAUACGUUCUUCAUAUACUUGGAAGCCUAGACAGCAAUUUCAUAAUAAGUGCUAAAAAUAUAAAUGAGGAAAAUUUGUACAUUCCAAUGUCAAAUAUAUGCAAUUAAGCAAAAGAUAAAAUAUUACAAAGAUGAGUUAUUAAUUACAUUACGUUAAAUGUGGUUUAUAAUAAGUGUACCUAUAACAGUUACAAGAAGUUACUUAAGCAAUUGUUAAGCCAGUAUGUAUCAAAUUUAUUUAAAUAUCAAUACUACAUAGGAUUCAGAAUCAUGAAGUAUCUAGUUUCUUGUUAAGAGCCGGUGGAUACAUCGAUACGUCGUUAUUAAUGGUUACCAAUAGUUUUAAGGUCGCAAAAUGAUCAAAUGUGUUGAUUAAUUAUCUCUCGAUAGAUAUUAUGUGUACGUAUUCAGUUAUCAAUAUCACAGCAGUUUGUUAGUGUCCUGUCAGCUCCAGUUUAUCAUAAUAACUGCCUUUGACUUGGUUUCUGUGAUUAUUUACCACCAAUGUUGUUGCCUGGUAGCGACUAGCUGGCAGAUAUUCUACUGUGAUAUUAAUGAUUUUAUUUAUUAUUUUCUAAAUUAUUAUUUAUAACUUUAAUGUUGAAUGUGAGCAUGUUAUAUUUUACUGAAAAAAUCUUAGAUUAGAUGAUGUUAUCUUUAUAUUGUAUCUAAAGUAAAGGUCCAGAAUGUGUUCCAUAUUGAUUUAAUAUUGAUAGUUAUAACAGUAAUAUUAUUAAAUGUUUCUGUUAAUAAUUUGAAAAUGAUAUUGUAACAAAUAUUGAAACAGGAAGAAUUGUACAUCACAAAACUUAACAGCUAUAAUAAACCGCACUUUGAGCUCUCUAUCUGUAGUGUAUAAUACUGCAUUUCAUAGCGGACUACAUUUGACUGUGAAGUAUUGUACCUAUAUAAUAAAUAUAUCUAUCAACAAAAUAAUGUUAAACAGUUUAAUGAAGUAUAUGUAUAUUGAAAAAUGUUAUUAUUUUAUUACAUGCUACUUCAAGUAGACUAUUUGCCUGAAUAUACCUCAAUAAGUUUAGUAUGAAUUUGUGUGUCUUGAAAAAUAUAUUUCAAUUAUUAGAAUC